AUGUUACACAUUUUGGGGCUCACGGAUGUGUUGUCACGAGCUCUACAAAGAAAAGAUCAAGAUAUUUUAGAAGUUGUGUUACUGGUGGAAACUACUAGAGGAAAAUUGCAAGAUUUCAGAGAAAGUGGGUUUGAUCAACUUCUCGAGAAAAUCCAUUUGUUUUGUGCAAAACAUGAUAUUCAAACCGUGGACAUGGCUGGAAAUUAUAUCAAUGACACAGGUUACAGACCCAAAAGACAAAGGUACAAUCUCACCAAUCAGCAUUAUUAUAAUUUUGAGUGUUUCAAUACUGUUGUCGAUAUGGAAAUUCAAGAAUUUGGUGAUCGCUUUAAUGAAAUUAACACGGAAUUACUUCAAAACAUGUCUGCUUUCAUCCCAUAUGACUCUUUUUCUAAGUUUGAUGCAUCAAAGUUAAUGAGAUUGUGUGAGUUUUAUCCGUAUGAUUUUGAUAAUGGGGAGAAAAUUGUUCUUUCACAUCAACUUGGCUUGUACAUCGAUAGCGUGCGAAAAGACAAGAGAUUUGCUAACUUGAAGGGUAUUGCUGAUCUUGCUAGAGUUAUGGUGGAAACAAAGAAUCAUAUCAAUUUUCAUUUGGUGUAUCGAUUAUUAAAGCUAACAUUGGUUUUGCCUGUUGCAACUGCAACCGUCGAGAGAUGUUUUUCAGCAGUGAAGAUAGUAAAGACAAAUUUGCGCAAUCGGAUUGGUGAAGACUUUUGGAAUGCUUGUGUAAUUUUUAGUGUUGAAAAAGAAGCACUUGAAAGUGUCACGAACGAAGCUGUGAUCGACCGUUUUCAAAAGAUGAAAUAA